AUGGAAAACCUCUCGAUCCAGGAUGCCCCUCCGCCAGGGACGCAUCAAGGCCCCGGGGCGCCUCCCCAGGCGCCCGCGCAGCUGCCGCCGCAGAUGUUCACGACGGCGGCGCAGCUCCUGGACCUCACCGACACCAACCUCGUCCUGCAGUCAACGAUUGAACGCUUCUUCGCCUCGAGCCCGGACGGCGGCGCGCCCGGCGGCCCCAGGGGCUACUACGCGGACGUGACGCACGGCAUCUUCCUGGUGCGGGGGGAGAACGUCUUGCUCCUGGGGGAGAUCGACCUGGACAAGGACGACGAGGCGCCCCCCGGCUACGAGAGGGGCGAGCUCGACUUCGUCAAGAAGCUGGCGGAGGAGAAGAAGGCCGCCGACAGGGCGAGGGAGAAGGCCCGGCUGAAGAAGCUCGCCACGCUGGGCUUCGAGGGGGAGGGGCUUGGGGAUAUGGUGCUCUGA